AUGCAGAGUAACGCCAAGAGUGAUUCCAUCAACCAGCCCAUGGGCAACCCUCCGGCAUACGAGUAUGUGGCCGGAAGUUCCUCGCAAGCUCCUCUAGGCAAACCUUCAGAGGCAAAGUCAUAUAUGCCACCCCCGCCGCCCCCACCUCAGGCUCAGUCAUACGGCGCUACAGUGCCAGGUCACUCCACCACCGUGUAUCAUUAUCAGGAUCCCCGUACAGGCCAACAGAUCUCGUCCCUCCUCCCACCGGACGCACCGGCUAUGAUUUGUCUCCAGCAGGGUGAACAUAUAGCACAGACGCAGUACGGCAUUCUCGGUGUGCUGGCCGCUGUGAUCUGGUUCCCGGUUGGCAUCGCCUGUUGUCUCCUUGACAGGAAGGUCAAGUGCAAGAGAUGUGGCGAGAUCAUCAGUAGCGGUAUCGUCGACUAA